UCGCCUUUAUCCUUCCCUCACCAACGCUCUCUCAUUUUUCUGAUGCAAUUUGAGACUCAAGAACAGAAGUGUAGCAGACCGCUUGGUCCGUAUAAAUACCAUGUUGACAGUGAACUAGAGCACAGUUCAAUCUGCAGCAUUCAACAGUGAACAAGUCACCAAAACAUCUCAACAUGGCAUUCAAGUUUGUGAUCUUCGCCGCUGUGGUGGCCGUUGCCCGCGCUGGCCUCAUUGCCUCGCCAGCAGUUUCCUACGCUGCUGCUCCGGCCCUCGUUGCUGCCCCAGUCGCCAAGGUCGCUUAUGCCGCUGCCCCGAUCGCCAAGGUCGCGUACGCCGCCCAGCCAGAGGAGUACGACGCGAACCCGCACUACUCGUUCUCGUACGGCAUCUCGGACGCCCUGACCGGAGACUCCAAGUCCCAGCAGGAGUCGCGCAGCGGAGAUGUUGUCCAGGGAUCGUACUCCGUCGUUGACCCCGAUGGCACCAAGCGUACCGUUGACUACACUGCUGACCCGCACAACGGAUUCAACGCUGUCGUCCGCCGUGAGCCUCUGGCCGCCAAGACCAUCGUCGCUGCUGCCCCGGUCGCCACCAAGGUCAUUGCUCAGCCCGCCGUCGCUUAUGCCGCCCCGGUAGCCAAGACCAUCUCGUACGCCGCACCGGUCGCCACCAAGACCUACGUCGCGCAGCCAGCUCUGUCCUAUGCCGCCCCUCUGACCAAGACCUACGUGUCGCAGCCAGCUCUGUCCUAUGCCGCUCCAGUGGCCAAGACCAUCUCUUACUCCGCUCCUCUGGCCACCAAGACCUACGUGUCGCAGCCGGCUAUCUCUUACGCCGCUCCUCUGGCCAAGACCUACGUGUCGCAGCCGGCUCUGUCGUACGCCGCCCCGGCCUACGCUUACCACCAAGCACAGUUCAAUCUGCAGCAUUCAACAGUGAACAAGUCACCAAAACAUCUCAACAUGGCAUUCAAGUUUGUGAUCUUCGCCGCUGUGGUGGCCGUUGCCCGCGCUGGCCUCAUUGCCUCGCCAGCAGUUUCCUACGCUGCUGCUCCGGCCCUCGUUGCUGCUCCAGUCGCCAAGGUCGCUUAUGCCGCUGCCCCGAUCGCCAAGGUCGCGUACGCCGCCCAACCAGAGGAGUACGACGCGAACCCGCAGUACUCGUUCUCGUACGGCAUCUCGGACGCCCUGACCGGAGACUCCAAGUCCCAGCAGGAGUCGCGCAGCGGAGAUGUUGUCCAGGGAUCGUACUCCGUCGUUGACCCCGAUGGCACCAAGCGUACCGUUGACUACACUGCUGACCCGCACAACGGAUUCAACGCUGUCGUCCGCCGUGAGCCUCUGGCCGCCAAGACCAUCGUCGCUGCUGCCCCGGUCGCCACCAAGGUCAUUGCUCAGCCCGCCGUCGCUUAUGCCGCCCCGGUAGCCAAGACCAUCUCGUACGCCGCUCCGGUCGCCACCAAGACCUACGUCGCGCAGCCAGCUCUGUCUUAUGCCGCCCCUCUGACCAAGACCUACGUGUCGCAGCCAGCUCUGUCCUAUGCCGCACCAGUGGCCAAGACCAUCUCUUACUCCGCUCCUCUGGCCACGAAGACCUACGUGUCGCAGCCGGCUAUCUCUUACGCCGCUCCUCUGGCCACGAAGACCUACGUGUCGCAGCCGGCUCUGUCGUACGCCGCUCCGGCCUACGCUUACCACAUGGCAUUCAAGUUUGUGGCUUUCGCUGCUCUGAUCGCCGUGGCCCGCGCUGGCCUCAUUGCAUCGCCCGCCGUCAGCUAUGCUGCCGCACCGGCCGUAGUUGCUGCUGCCCCGGUCGCCAAGGUCGCUUAUGCCGCUGCUCCGGCAGUGGUUGCGGCCCCGGUCGCCAAGGUUGCGUACGCCGCCCAGCCAGAAGAGUACGAUGCCAACCCGCACUACUCGUUCUCGUACGGCAUCUCGGACGCCCUGACCGGAGACUCCAAGUCCCAGCAGGAGUCGCGCAGCGGAGAUGUUGUCCAGGGAUCGUACUCCGUCGUUGACCCCGAUGGCACCAAGCGUACCGUCGAGUACACGGCUGACCCGCACAACGGAUUCAACGCUGUCGUCCACCGUGAGCCGCUGGCCGCCAAGACCAUCGUCGCUGCUGCCCCGGUCGCCACCAAGACCAUCGUUGCUCAGCCCGCCGUCGCUUAUGCCGCCCCGGUAGCCAAGACCAUCUCGUACGCCGCUCCUCUGGCCACCAAGACCGUGGUUGCCAGCCCGGCCAUCUCGUACGCCGCUCCGGUCGCUAAGCUGGCCACACCGGUCGCUUACACCGCCGCCCUCCAUCACUAGAGUGCGCGCUAAUUCACCCACGACUGUUCAGCAGAAUCCGGCACCGUUUGUACAUAUCUUCAAAACCCCACGUUACAAGACUCACGCCUGAAUCGUUUAAUUUAUUAAACGUAUUGUUUUGAAUAUUAAUAACAAUCAAUUGAAUCCGUCAAA